AUGAAGCGACGGACACCUCGUGGUCGGAGUGAAAGCUCAUUGUCAAGUUUGCCUUCUCAUGCUCAUACAGGGAAGCUUCAGCCUAAAUGGAACACGUAUCUAACAGAUGAAACAUCAUACAAGCUGAAUCAACAGCAAAAGCUCCAGCGGGUACUGCAGCAUAUGAGUACGGCGCAUUUUUCAGUGCGAAGUUCGGCUGUUUUGGCCUCACGGCGUCGAUUGGCAACGAUGAGGCCCCAUAGCUCCAUAUGUAGAACGCACAACGACUCUGUGAAGAGUGUAAGUUGCUCUACGAAUUGUAAACGGUUAACGGGUGGUGCAGAUGCAGGGGAUGUCCAGACAGUGAGACGACGGCGAUUCAAGGACGUGUCAAGCGAUCGGAAGCAGUCGACGUCUAGACGUCGAGAAAUUCGAAUCAGUGCAGUAUCAGUGCAAGAAGAAAAGGAUUUGGAGAGACGAGAGAGGAAGACAAUGGACUUUGAUCAAAAGACUCAGCUCCAGGAAGUUGAGGAGCUGGAGAGAAUGUUGAAUGAGCUCAAGACGAAGACAAAGAGACUUGAUGAGCAAAAGGUGAUCGAGCACGUGAACACAAUGGCAACAAUGAAAAGGAAGACACAGCGGACAAUGAAGUUGAAUGAGCACAUUUGUUUGCAAGGAGAGGUAGAAGAAGAGAAAGAGUAUGGACGACAGGAGGAGAAUGAAAUUGUGACGUCGAUGGAUGACAGGUUGAAAGACGUGGAUGAUCAAGAUGCACAAGUCAAUUGGGAGCAUACGGAUCAUGUGGGCGUCGAGAAACGACUGGAGAACGUGUGUCACAAGACAUUGGAAAUGGGGCUUGACCUAGCUCAUCAAAUGGAGACGCUAACGAAGAAAUUUGAUCUCGACAGAAGGCAACGCGUGAAUCACGACUCGAAAAUUGAGAUGCUUGCACAAGAAGUGCGCGCAACACAAGCCAAGUACAAAUGUCUGGAGACAAAAUACCAGGACAUUGUGUCUCAAGUCGAUAGCAUGCGAGAAGCUGUCAUUGCCACCGAAGAGGCCAUGUACAAGAUGACAUUAGCAUUCGAGUGUUUCAAACACCCACGUGAUAAAGCCGUGGAUCCAUCGUCUUCUAGCCAAUCAGCAGAGAGUUCUUAA